GGGUCUGACCGCGCGGCUGCCAUCGCCGCUGCGGGGCGGGCGGGAGAGCGACCCGGACCGCGGGUGCUGCUCCGCGGCUGGCGCUCCUGCAGUUAGCUUCCCGCCCGGGCGAGUCAGGUAGCUGCCCCACGGCUUGACCGCCCUCGCGCCAGUUCCCGGCGCCUGGACGCCCUGGGACACGUUCUUGCAAAGAUCAGGCAAACUGCGCCCUGACCCACGAGAGGAGUGGGGUGAGUGAGGAGAGGCGCCUGGCUGGCGGCGGAGGCAGGACAGUCUGGUAAUCUUGAAUCGGAGAGCUGACCAAGUUUUGGGUGACAUGGCCCAGGGCAAUAAUUAUGGGCAGACCAGCAAUGGGGUGGCAGAUGAGUCACCCAACAUGCUGGUGUACAGAAAGAUGGAAGACGUCAUAGCACGCAUGCAAGAUGAAAAAAAUGGAAUUCCUAUCCGUACUGUCAAAAGCUUUCUUUCCAAGAUUCCUAGUGUCUUCUCUGGGUCAGACAUUGUUCAGUGGUUAAUAAAGAACUUAACUAUAGAAGAUCCAGUGGAGGCGCUGCAUCUGGGAACGCUAAUGGCUGCCCACGGCUACUUCUUCCCCAUCUCCGAUCACGUCCUCACGCUCAAGGAUGAUGGCACUUUUUACCGAUUUCAAACACCUUACUUUUGGCCAUCAAACUGUUGGGAACCAGAAAACACAGAUUAUGCGGUUUACCUUUGCAAGAGAACAAUGCAAAACAAAGCAAGACUAGAGCUAGCGGAUUACGAAGCUGAGAGCCUGGCCAGGCUGCAGAGAGCUUUUGCCCGGAAGUGGGAGUUCAUUUUUAUGCAAGCGGAAGCUCAAGCAAAAGUGGACAAGAAGAGAGACAAAAUCGAAAGGAAGAUCCUCGACAGCCAAGAGAGAGCAUUCUGGGAUGUGCACAGACCUGUGCCCGGAUGUGUAAAUACUACGGAAGUGGACAUUAAGAAGUCGUCCCGAAUGAGAAACCCACACAAAACCCGGAAGUCUGUCUAUGGUUUACAAAAUGACAUUAGGAGUCACAGUCCUACCCACACACCCACACCAGAAACUAAACCUCCUACAGAAGAGGAGCUACACCAACAGAUAAAAUAUUGGCAAAUACAGUUAGAUAGACAUCGGUUAAAAAUGUCAAAGGUUGCUGACAGUCUGCUAAGUUAUACAGAACAGUAUGUAGAAUAUGACCCAUUUCUUGUGCCACCUGAUCCUUCCAACCCAUGGCUGUCUGAUGAUACUACUUUCUGGGAACUUGAAGCAAGCAAAGAACCAAGCCAACAGAGGGUAAAACGAUGGGGUUUUGGCAUGGAUGAGGCCUUGAAAGACCCAGUUGGGAGAGAACAGUUCCUUAAAUUUCUAGAGUCAGAAUUCAGCUCAGAAAAUCUAAGGUUCUGGCUUGCGGUGGAAGACCUGAAGAAAAGACCCAUUCGAGAGGUGCCCUCGCGAGUUCAGGAAAUAUGGCAAGAAUUUCUGGCUCCAGGGGCCCCCAGUGCCAUUAACUUGGAUUCUAAGAGUUAUGACAAAACAACACACAACGUAAAGGAACCCGGACGAUACACAUUUGAAGAUGCUCAGGAGCAUAUUUACAAAUUGAUGAAAAGUGAUUCAUACCCACGUUUUAUAAGAUCCAGUGCCUAUCAGGAACUUCUACAGGCAAAGAAAAAGUCUGGAAACUCAGUGGACCGCAGAACAUCUUUUGAGAAAAUUGCACAAAACAUGAGAUCCCAUGAAAGACUGCUGCAUGCCUUACUUAGCCCAAGAGCCUUUGUUUAAAGCAAGCUCCUGUCCUCAAAGCUGGGGAAAACUCUCACAUCUAAGAGGUUAACAAGCCUUGUUCAGUCCUACUAAAGGAUCGCCUUGCAGCAUGGAAGCAGACUGGCAUCGCGGCAUAUGCUCUGUAGCUCUUUGAUGUAAACUGGAGCAGAGGACGUUAGACCAAGAUGUUGCAUGAACGGAGGACCUGACUUGUUCUUUUUUGUGUAUACAUUAAGGCAUCACCAUCUCCAAGGGACUCUCUGCCGUCUCAAUGCCUCCAUUUCAACCCGUUGUCUGCUUUCUUCCUCUUCCUUUCUUCUACUAAGCUGGAUCUGUUGUCUUUUCCUUUUUAACAAGUUCAAGUGAAGUAAAACCUUUUUUUUCCCCUCUCUCUUCAAGCUUCUGCUAGACACACUGUUCACUGAUAAUCAAUCACAAACUGGAAGAAUUGUAAAAGAAAAAAAGCAUAUAUCAAUAUGUAUACAUAUGGCUUCACAUUUAUUAAACAAUAAAUUAGCACAGAAAGUUUCACUUCACUGGUGUGUUCACAGUCCAAAGCAAGCUCAUGUCUUUGUCUUGUGUCUGGAUAUUCUCGGUUAAUGUUUCUUGCAUUUAUUUUUAUACCAUAUUUAAAUAAGAAACACCUUUUACUCCAAAUGUAUUAAAGUUGAUCCCCUCUCUGUAAAUUUGUGUAUGUUUAUAUUGUUGUUUUAUCUUUCAUUAAAAGAUGCAGAAUAUCCUUGCUUUUGUAACUUUGUCUUCCGCAGUAAAUGUAGAAGAAAAUGAGAACUCGGCCACAGUCAUAGAGUUGCAAAGUAGACUGUCACCCUGAAAUUUAUGUCAGUGUUUCAAGAGGAACUUGGAUGGUACAGCAGCCAGGACCAGCACACAGAAAGUGUUUCACUUGGGAGCCAACCUGGGGUCAUGUAGAUCUUCCACCAUUUGUUGAAGAACAAUAAAAAUGUGGCCAUCCCCAUUUUUGGUUCUACAGGGAGGUCUUUCUGCCUUCUAAUGAAUAUGUAUAUCUGAAUAUUUUGUUAGAAUUAGGCGUGGGUGUGAUGUCAUUGUUCAGUAACUGAUUUUUUCUUUAAAUACAAUUGUAAAAAAUACUUAAGGUCAAUGUUGCUUAGCUUUCUGGUGGUUACAAUUUCCUGUGAGAAAAAGAUGUUAUUUAGUGGCAUUUAAUGAAUCCUUACUAAACACCUCUUGCCGUAUUAUGGACUUUACGUGCCCAUAAAAUUCUCGCAUUUUUAUCUUCACCUCCCAUUCACUUCUGCAAUUUUGAGAAAAAGAAGAGAAAGGUUGAUUAACUUGUUUGAAACCACAUAGCCAAGUAGUGAGUUAUCAUAAGAGAAAAGAAUAUAUUUUCCUCUACCUGCCUAGUUUCACAACUGGAACUCUGUUAGAAAGGACAGAUGAACAGGUCC